GAACUGUUAGCCGUUAUUUGGGCUUGCGAGACAUUUCAUCGUUAUCUUUGGGGACGUAAAUUUCUUAUUCAAACGAAUCACGCAAAUUUUCAGUGGCUCCAAGCCGUUAGCCCACAAAAGAGUAAUUUGGAUCGUCGGGCAAUGCGCCUAGCUGAGUACGAUUUCGAAUUGCAACACCGUUCAGGAAAAAACAAUGCAAACGCUGAUGCCCUUUCCCGAUUCCCCUCAGUAGUACUUCAGCCGAAUCUACAAGCUCGAGUGAAAUCUUUGAUGGAUUUAAAAACACUAGUUGUUCUCGAGUCAUGUCUCGAUGUUGAUUUAUCGCCAGAGAAUGAGUUAGCACAAGAUGAUUUAAUUGCCCUGAAACCGUUGGAAUCGACUUGA